AUGGCUGAAUCCAAAACCUCCAAUGGCGAACAGACACAGCCUGACAAUGACAGUCACAAUGCCGACCAACUCAAGCAUAAGCCAUUGCAAUAUGCAUCGAUUGUCUUUUCCGGCUUCAUGGUCAUGUUUACCACCUGCGCUCUCAUUUUCACCUUUGGAGUAUGGCAAUCCCUGUAUGAAGAAAUGGCCCAGCAUGAAAACACUCCCUUUACUGGUUCUUCGACCGCGUUAAUCAAUCUCAUUGGUACACUCGCCAUCGCGCUCAUGUCCAUGGGUGGUCCCUUUACGAUGGUCUGGGCGAAGCUGUUCUGUCCGCAGGUCGUCAUCGUCGCUGGAGGCUGGGUGUUUGGCAUUGCGUUUAUCCUGGCGAGUUUUAGUAAGCAGCUCUGGCAUUUUACCCUCACGCAGGGUGUGUUGCUUGGUAUUGGGACGUGUAUGGCGUAUGUGCCCACGAUGGCGGUUGCGCCGACUUGGUUCGAUAAACGGCGUGGACUGGCCAUGGGGGUGAUUAUCUCGGGGACUGGCGUGGGUGGGAUGGUGUGGCCACCGGUGUUGCAUGCGAUCAUCGACCAUAUCGGAUUCCGUGAUGCGUUGCGCAUUGCAGGGUGCGUUUCCAUCACGUUGGUAUCGAUUUCCGGAUAUACGUUGCGCUGGGAGCCGGAUUUCCAGAAACAAGUCAGCGUGCAGACGCGGGGCAUGAGCAAGACAACAGGAUGGAUGAAGAUUCCGCUGAUUGAUUGGAAAGUCGCACGGACGAAACGAUUCAUCGCGCAGGCGUCGGGAUGUUUUCUGCAGUCGGCUGGAUACUCGACGCCGUUGUUCUUCUACGCUGCGUAUGCGAGAACAUUGGGAUACUCCAACGCAACAGCAACCAACUUCAUCACGGUCAGCAAUGCGUCCAAUUUCGUCUCGCGGAUCGUGAUCGGAUAUGGGGCUGAUCGGUACGGGAGGAUUAAUGCGCUGGCAUUCACGACAUUUCUCAGUGCGAUCGCCGUGUUUGCGUUCUGGUUGCCGUCGAUGUUUUCCGGUUCGACCAUCUCACAUAGUAGUGCUGAAGGGCUGUUUAUCACAUUCACAGUUCUGUAUGGUGCAUUUGCGAGUGCGUACAUCUCACUCUUUCCAGCUUCGUUGAUUGAGUUGUUUGGUGUGAAGAACUUUACCAGCGUCAAUGGGGCGUUGUAUCUCAUUCGGGGAAUGGGAGCGUUGAUCGGGACGCCGUUGACAGGGUUGUUGAUUCCAGAGUCAGAGGCGUUGACUUCGUCUAUUACGUAUGAAAGAGCUGGAAUUGUGGUUGGAGUGUUGCUAUUUGCAGCUACUGUAUCAUGUGCAUGGGUGCGGAUAGAAGCGAUGGCUGGAUCACCGUGGAAGUUGAAAAUGUAA